UGAAAUUGAAUAAAAAUUAUAGCUGGGGAAAAUCUCUUAUUGGGAUCUGGAUUGGGGUAAGAUGUGGGAUAGCAUAACUCAUUCAAAUAAUUCGUUAAAUUCUUGGUUGGAUUUAGAAGAAACUUCAAAGAAAGGUAAUUCAUAGUCUUUAACAAGUAGCUCUUCUUUUUCUGUACUGACUUCUCUUUGUUCUGCAAGAUCACACUUAGUGGCUAUUAGGAAAACUUGGGAGAAUGAGUUAAGUCUCUCAAUUAUUUCUACCUCCUCAUGAAUUCUGUUAUAAGAAUCUCUUUUGGUAGCAUCAUAACAAAGCAAGAUUGAUUUUAGUGGCUUGUAAUAUCCCCAGAAAUACCGCUAAAUCUUUCACAAUCUAAGGAUCUAUCAUAAGAACCUUAACCUUUAAAUCAGAGUCAAAAAAUUUAGAAGCUUUUUGAUUCACUCUUUUGACAAAGUUGUAGCUUUAAAUAGAUUCUGUAUGCAUCUGAUUUAUGUUGAUUCGUUGCAAUGUUCACCACUGCCAACACCUUUAAAGUUUGCUGAUUCCUUUCCCUUCAGAGUCAAUAAAGUAGUCAUAGAAUUUGAUGAUUUUGAUACAAUAAUCAAUAUCUUCUUCAAAACUCCCAACAAGAAUUUUUUAAAUCGCUAUAUCUACAUUGAUCCGAUAUUUUUUGAAAUUCUCUGCUUGAAACCUUAA